UUGGAUGUUACUUUGUAUUUGCUUUCUCAAGACGCAAACUGCUGUUUAUACCAGAUGCCUUUCAAUGAUCCUGGAGGGAAGGUAUACUGUAUUAGAGAGACGCCCCUUUCUAAAGGCUUAAUGUUACCAUGCAGCGUCUUGGAUGUACAGAGGGAAGUUGGAAGUGUUGUGUGUGCUGUCAGGGGCAAAAAGAUUUAAUCAUGUGUGGCAGCUUAGUGUAAAAGGAGGUGAGAACUACGUUACCACGCUGCAAUGGUUUGCGUAAAAUGCGCAACAAACGGAACCUUAAAGGCGGAAUAAUGAAUCAUUUAUCCAAACAAAAUCUUUCUGAGGCACUCUACAUGUAACAUUACCUCCUUGAAGACUAAUGGAAGUGGACAACUGCGUCGAAAACCAGCUACAUUCAUGUCCGGGGGAUUUAGUUAAACCAUUGAGUAUUGUCAUGGAUGAUCACGGAUCCCAGCAACAUCCACGGAGUCCUGGUCUGAGGGUGUCAACCAAAAGCAAAGCACCAACCCCGCCAGGACUAAAGAAGUUGGAUUCCCCAGGUUUCUCCCAGUGGUACCCUGGAAACCCUCAACUAACCAUGGAGCAGAAGGAGAACCUUAUUGAUAAAGAACUCUCUCUGGUUGUGGUUCUGCCUGGAGGAGUAGAAAAGAUGACCACAGUCCAUGGCAGCAAACCCCUCAUGGAUCUGUUAGUGACGCUUUGUGCAAAGUAUCACCUGAAUCCAUCGAGCCACACCUUAGAGCUGGUCACCUCCAACAGGAAGAAGACCAAACUCAAGCCCAAUGCUCUCAUAGGAACUUUGGAUGCAGAGAAGAUCCUGCUUAAACCUAAAGGAGAGGACAAAAAUAAGAGGACCAUCCCUCAGAUGCCGGAGGCAACAGUUCGAAUGGUGAUCAACUACAGAAAGACCCAGAAAACAAUACUACGAGUCAGUCCUCGAGUUCCACUGUCAGAUCAUUUGCCGGCUAUCUGUGAGAAAUGUGAAUUUGAUGUUGAGUCUACAGUUCUGCUGAGAGACGUCCACUCACUGGCUCCUUUGGACAUAUCCCACUCUCUGAAUGAUUAUGCAAUAAGAGAGGUUUAUGCAAGAGACACAAAAGGACCUGCUUCUCCUGUGUUUCCAGCCUCUCCAACUCAUACAGGUACAGUCACACCUGGAAAAGAUAAAAAUCAAAAAGAGGAAGAAAACAAAGGCCUCUUCAGUUUGUUUAGAAGAAGCAAGAAGAAAUCAUACCAGGCAACCACCGUCAGUGCCCCAGCUUCUCCUGUGCUCGUGAGCAAGCCACGACCUCUCAGCAUGGCCUUACCAAGCUCUCAUUCAUCCAUGGUCGGCUCACCUUCAAUACAUAGUGACGUGCCAAAGAAGAGACGCGCACCACAACCGCCAAUCCUCAUGUCCCAGAGCUGCCCAUCAGACGUCAGCACCCGACGGAGACUUUACUCAGAACCGAACACCAAACUGGAUUACGACCAGAUGUCUGGUAUAAGUCGAGGGUCCUCAGCGGAGUCUUCGUUAAAGAGAACCAAACGAAAAGCUCCUCCACCCCCUUCAUCCCCAAGUGCUGUCGUCCAGGAAAAAGUACCUCUGGAUGAAAACAUGUCAGGAGGUGCAGCUGCUAUCACACUGGAGGAGAUUAUGGAGCAAGAAGAGUCCACUGCCUCUGUAAAGUCUGCAACUGCUAGUGAAACCCAGGGAGAGGACAGCAGCCUCAACAUGUCUGCUGAUGUUUCUUUGCAUUCCCCGUCCCCAGACACUGAGAUACUGAGCACAACGCCCACUGAGGGCCGUGGGGAAGAUCAGACUUGUGAUCUGUCCUCAGAUGGCAAUCAACUGCAGAGCACAGUGAAUGAUACUGCAACUCAGAAUGAUGUGAAGACUGAUAAUGGUGCAGAAUCAUCUGAACUGGCAGAUACAAGUGAGACUCCAUGUCAGGUUGAAAAUGUAACACCAACCCCACAGCAAAUCUAUGAAGAGCCUAAACCUGAUAGUGUUGAAGCCGAAUGCAGUUCUGCACCCAGCAGCCCCCCUCCACCUGUGACACAGGAUGCAGAAGCACAGGCGUCCGUUCAAGCAAACACUGAAACCCCCGGGGAACAGGUUAAGAGGUUGGAGAGUCAGACAGCCACCAGCACAACACGCCUGGCUGCAGAGGAUGCUCAGGUGCAAACAGAUUUAACACAGCUGCCUGUGUCUCCACAACAGCCUACGGAUCAAGUCCCUCCUUCAGCUGAAUUGGAAGCAUCGGGAAAGAGAGAUAUGGCCACUUUGACGGAAGAACUGGACCAUAAACCUUCCUUAUCCCACACCUUAGAGACCUCAUCAUGCCAAGACUCCCCACCAAGUGGCCCUGCCACGAUAAAAUCCCCAUCUAUUUAUGCGACAAACUCUGAGCCAAAGCCCAAGCCUUCCAACGAGCUGACAAGGGACUACAUCCCAAAGGUGGGGAUGACGACAUACACUAUUGUGCCUCAGAAAUCUGCGGAGAAACUUAGAUAUUUUGAGGUUGCACUGACACUGGAGGCAGCUGCCUCUGCUCAAGAAGAAGGACCUGAUAUUGGUUCUCUUCAGUUGGAGGAAAACACAGCAUCAGAGAGACAGAUUGAGGAAAAAAGCGAUGUUCCCCUGGCAGAUUUAACCACUAGUACUAUUACUACUACGCAAGACACUGUUAAUGGAAGUAUACCUGAAACAAUUCAAUCCCCAUCAUCAACCAGUUUAGAGAAAGUCGACAGCAAGAUCCCAUCCCCGUGUGAUUUGGCAUGUAACGCAAGUUCCCCUACAGAGGUCAAGGAGAUUAAAAUUCCACCCGCAACUAAACCCAAGCCUGGUUCUUUCCGCUUGGCACAGCACAAAAAAAUACCUGGGUAUUAUGUAACUUCAGCAGCAGGAAAGAACCUCAGUGCCAGUCCAGAGAGAGGAAAGUUACCUCCCCCUCCUUCUCCACCUCCUGUGCAGAGUCAGGAAGAAAUGACGGGGGCCACUAAUGUCCAGCUGAGCCCUGAAGGGGAAGACAAGACUGUCGUAUCCACACAAAUCACUAGGCAAAGUAGUUUGCCAAGCUCAGGGUUAAGCUUGGAGAAACUAAGGAGCUUUGCAGCCCCUCGGCCCUUCUCUCCCUCAACCCCAUCCCGCUUCGCCCAGGCAGUGUCCUCUGCUGUGAAAAGAAGCCAGUCCUUAAUCCAGGGGUCAAAAUCACCAGGCUCACCUGUUCCUUCACCACCUUUCUCCCCAAUUACAAGUCCUUCAGCAGUCCCAGAGUUAAAAGAAUUUUCUAAACUCAAGGAUGGCGAAAAAACAGAGCUUGAUGGUGACAAAGACUCCUCUCUGCAGGGAGUAGAGAGACAACCACAACCUUUUAGUGGAAUUGUUCAAAUGGAAGAAGAAAGCAGUCCAUAGCAGUGCCUCAAUCCUUCUGACAAUAUAUCAUCUACUGAGGAGUGUGUCCGGUCUACUUUGAGUUCCCCGGAUCUCUUUUUUACACGGCACAGAUGCAGAAAUCAUCUUAAUUUUACCUCUUUUGGUAGCCUACAACAGUGUACAUAAUAUGAAAUAUUUUGAUAAUUCAUAAUUACUGUAUUUGUUUUUUCUUGUAUGUCAUUGUAACAUGGCUGUCCUGCAUAUUUUAAUGCCUCUCUUAUUUUGUGUGACAACUAUUUCGCAUCUAAUGCAUUACUGUUUUAAGUGAACAAGAAUGUUUAAUAAAGCAAUACUGUAAAAUAAUAGACAUAUUUUACAGUGGUAAUAUUAUUGGUGGUUAUUCAGAGGAUGUAUCUAAAUAAUACUGGAUGUGUAGGACUGACCAGGUCUUACCUAUGGUACUUAAAUAGUCUUUAGAUUAUACAUUGAAUCGAUAUUUAAGUAUUUCAGAGUUUUAAUGAGGCUAUAUACAGAAAUACACUGAUGGUGCACAUUACACCUGUGUUGUUACAAAUAAAACUUUUAUCAGUUCA